UCAGAACCACGGCUAUCAUGUGGUGGUAAUGUAUUAUCACCCAUCAACCACUGGAGGUCCAACCGUCUGGGAUUAUGCUGCAACUCCUGGCUUGGCGACAGAUUUUAUUAGCAGCAGUGGUGUAAUUGGAAAAUCAGCCAGAAACUUGUUUCAAACCGGGAUGAAGAAGUUAUGGCAAGAUAGAAAUGAAGAUAGUCAAUCUACAGAUCUUUCAUCUACAAAUACUAUCCCUGCCUCUACUUCCCCUUCCGUGUCGUUUUCUGUUUCCCCUUCUAUUUCAGCAUCUUCAUCUGUAACUCUUUGUAGCUCUGUUACAACCUCUCUUCCAGUUAGUAGCGCUGUUUCAACAUUCAUUCCUAUACGCAAAGAUCUUCAUUUUAAUACGAUUUCCGCGACUUUCGAAUCUUCCUUCCUCUCUGCUGCUACAAAUACCAAUACAAAUGUCGUCACUGAUUCUUUUAGCACUAAUCCCACUCUGGCCUCUUCCAGAGGAUGUACCUCUAUCGGCAAUUCUUCAUCUGUUUCAACCUCUUCUUCCUCUUCUUCAAGCUCCUUCGUCGCUACAACAUCUGUGUCUACCAUAUCUAAAACGACUGCUCCAUCUGUCCCUACAGCAACUUUUAGCAAAGGAACUGUUGUAGCAUUGGCCAACGAGAAUGGUGUAGUGUGUGGUUUUGGAUGUGUCUCAGGAAUGUCGAAGGUGCAUAAUCGGCCCGUGAAUCCCGGCUACCUAUCUGUCUUUUUUACUAGUGUGGUACCGGGAAAACAGUUGCUCCACCAUUUCCUGGUCCAUUCGACGAAGAUGUCGUAA